CACUUAAAGUUCCGAAGCCGCAAGGUAAACACGUGAAUAGAUAGAGUCUUGGCGGGAGCAGAAUAAAGCCUUGGAAUAAAGCACGGUAUAUAGAGAACUGAAUAAAGGUUAGAGGGCCUUGGAAUACAGCGGGAGCCUCUGAGAUACAUAUCAAAUAUCAAUAUAGGAAGGCGAGAGAGCCCAUAUAGGGCCUUGCAUUUUGUCUUUUGUGAUCUUCUUCAGUUGAAGCAAGGCCCUAAAACAUAUUUGAAGUGAGUUGAAGAUCUUGUUUUGGCAGUGAGUUCAUAGGUUGAGGUCCUUCAGCUUGUAUUUGAACUGAAACAUGGGAGAUAACAAGCACAAGAUAUUCAUCAUCAAAGAUAAUGCCACUGUGACAGGAUCUGAAGACAGGCAACUGGAUGCACUCCGACUACGCCAUCCGAAGACUGGUCAAGCAGCUGCAUUUCUUUUAGAUGCAGACUCCAAAGAGUUGCUGGAGGUCCAGACAUUUGAUGACAGUCCCCGUUCCUGGUUUGUCGGCUCUGCGGUGGAGACGGACGGCCAUAUCCACGUGUGCUCGCCGCUUGAUCCUCUCUACAUCGUCCUCGUCUAUAUGCAGCAGAGCCGGUACGCCCAGCAGUUGGACCAGCUCCUCUCGGACCACCAGUUUCCCGACACGGUCCGACUGGCUGACUCGGUCGGAUCAGACCGUCUGGAGCUCAUCGCCGACAGAAAGGGAGACAGCGAACUCAACGCAUACAAAUACAACGAGGAGCGAGCCGUAGCGUGGCUCGAACGACGCACCCGCCGCCUUGCGGCAGUUCUGGAAGCCAAGCGUCUGCACGGCACCAGCGGCAAGGCGGACAACUUCGUCAAAGUGCGAGAAGAGGAGGUCGACAAAGCCGUGUACCUGCGGUUCGCCUGGGGACUGACCUCCGAGUACCUGAGCAGCGAGCUGAGCGCAGCGCUCCGUUGCCGCCUCCAGCUGCCCGACGAGCGGCCCAAACGCAGCCAGCCGGCCGCCGAGCCGCCGGCAAAGAGGGCGCGCGGCGCCGCAGCACCCGCCGCCCCCCUCGAGGACUACUCGCAGCCUGCCAGCAACGCCAAAAAGGUUCUGGCUCCUAAAAACGCCAAACAGAAGGCGCUGGCCAAGUCAGCCAUCGGAACCAAGAGCAUCGCGUCGUUUUUCAAGAAGAAGUAGUGCGGUACCGAAGUGCUCUGGCCCGUGCUUCUUGGUUGUUCCCGAGACAGUCGUCCGCCGGUUUCUCUUCAAGUUCAGGACUGCAGAGACGUCCGUGUCGCCGUGGCAGAUCGGGCUGCCGCCAUCAGCAUUUGUCAAUAUACAUUUAUAUCAUU